GCUCCGGUCUGUUCCUCUGGGCUGAGCAGACUAAUCCCCUGCUCGUUUAAAUCCGCCUGUGCGCUCCAUCGAGAGAAGUUGUCUGGAGUAAACAUCUGAGACAGGACGAGUGCAGAACCUGCUCUCUGUGUGCUGGCCACUGAUCCUGACCUGCUUUAACUAUGACAGCAGAUUGUCAGCUGCUUCAGUAGACGCGCUCAGGCUUUAGGGAACCGCACGCUGACGAUACAGACCCGUGACUGUGUAUUGUUUCUUUCUUAUCCCGGGAUAAACUUCGCCAUGACAGCGCGCGAGGACGCUCAGGAGCAGAGUCGGCGCUUCUGCGUCUUGUCGUGGGAGCAGGUGCAGCGUUUAGACUCCAUCCUCGGGGAAAGUGUUCCCAUCCACGGCCGCGGCAACUUCCCAACCCUGUCCAUUUCCCCCCGCCAGAUCGUGCAGGUGGUAAGGGCCAGACUGGAGGAUCGAAGUGUGGCAGUCCGUGAUGUGAAGCUUAAUGGAUCAGCUGCAAGCUACGUGCUUUACAAGGACACAGGCUUAGGCUACAAGGACCUGGAUCUGAUCUUUGGCCUGAGUUUGUGUGAUGACAGGACGUUUGAUGUGGUAAAGGAAGUGGUGCUGGCCAGCCUGCUGGACUUCCUUCCAGCUGGAGUGAACCGCGAGCGUCUCAGCGCCCUUGCCCUCAAGGAGGCGUAUGUGCAGAAGCUGGUUAAAGUGCGCACUGACACAGACUGCUGGAGCCUCAUCUCUCUGUCCAACAAUACAGGCAAGAAUGUGGAGCUGAAGUUUGUUGACACACUACGACGCCAGUUUGAGUUCAGCGUCGACUCGUUUCAGAUCGGUCUUGACUCGCUGCUGCUGUUUGACCGCUGCUCUGAGGCGCCCAUGUCUGAGAGCUUUCACCCAACUGUGCUUGGUGAGAGCAUGUACGGUGAUUUCGAGGAAGCUCUGGAACACCUGCGCUCCAAGACUAUUGCUACACACAGUCCCGAGGAGAUCCGUGGUGGCGGUUUGCUGAAAUACUGCCACCUGCUGGUGCGUGGCUUCCGGCCAGCGUCGGAGGAGCACAUGAAAACGCUCCAGCGCUACAUGUGCUCGCGCUUCUUCAUUGACUUCCCAGACGUGGGUGAGCAACGCCGAAAACUUGAGGCGUACCUUCAGAACCACUUUGCUGGCAUGGAACACAAACGCUACGAGUGCCUGGUGACUUUGCGGAAUGUUGUUGAUGAAAGCACCGUAUGCCUAAUGGGUCACGAGCGGCGACAGACCCUGGCACUCAUCUCGGCACUGGCGCUGCGCACGCUCACCGAACAGAAUGCCAUCCCUGCGCUCCCUAACGUCACCUGCUACUACCAGCCAGCACCGUAUGUGCAUGACGGGAACUUUAGCAAUUACUACGUGGCUCAUGUACACUCUCCUGCAAACACCUACCGGACAUGGCUACCCUGCAGCUGAGUCACAAGAAGAGGAAGAUGGCUAUGAUGAAAAAGAUGGCUUCAAAAUGCAUUCCAGUUCUGAGCUGUUUUUAAGAGUGUAUGCCUUUCCAUACUCAUCAGUCUUUGUCGAAGAGAGAAGAAGAAAAAAAGGGGAAUAAUAUUUGUGAUUAUAUCUUUCCUUUUACCUAAUUCUUUGCAUACUGUCACCCACCUCCACCAAAAUAAUGAAGACUGCUGUAACCGUAAAACUGGUUUGAGCCAUUCUGUGUUGUUUUUAACCAUACAAGUUGAGAUUUUAUGAAAACACGUGCAGAAGAACAAGGGAACUGAAAGAAAAAAAAAUUCCGAUACAGUUCUUUACAUUAAUUUUUCAAAUGUAAUCCAUUUUGUGGAUUUACAGUAAAUGUAUAUAGUUUUUUUAUGUAUGUAUAUACAAUAAAUGUUUAUAACUUAAAAAAGUCCCAAUCAUUCUGCAGAAGAAAAAAAAUCUGACAAGAUUUUCCAAGAGUGCAGAAGGCUAAUGUUCAGGUCUGACUGUGGUUUUCAAACUUCCUUCUUAUUUGAGCUUGUGACAACCAAAGAUUUCAUUUUUAAGCUCCCUGUAUUGAAUUGUUAUAUCUGUGAUUCAAAGUGCCUGAAACUGACUACAAAACACAAACGUAUGUAACAGUUUCAUUCUUCGGGAUUUUGUAAAUUGUAUUUUUAUUUUCAGCAUCAGGGCAUUUUCUUAUUAAAUCAAAUAAAAAACAGAAUUUAAAUGUGGAGUA